AGGCCACUGAUCCAGUACUAUGUCACUGUUAAAGAACAGUGGUGUCUAGUUUCUCUUAGUAAAGCCCCAUACGUCUGGCCGGCCCCACUACAAAGCUGAUAUCUGAGUGCCUUAGCCUCCACUCCAUCACUACAGCCAGUCUGAAUAAUUCCUCCAGGCACAACAUCGGACAGAAUGUCUGACACAGAAGAAGUGGAUUACGAAGAGCAACAAGAAGAUGAAGAACAGGAAGAAGAAGAGGAGGAACGACCCAGGCCAAAACCGAUGAUGCCCCAGUUGGCUCCGCCAAAAAUCCCAGAGGGAGAAAGAGUUGACUUUGAUGACAUACAUCGCAAGCGGAUGGAAAAAGAUCUCCUGGAACUCCAGACAUUAAUCGACGUCCAUUUUGAACAGCGUAAAAAGGAAGAAGAGGAAAUGAUAGGCUUAAAGGAUAGAAUAGAUCAUCGGAGAGCGGAACGUGCAGAGCAACAGCGUUUCAGGACUGAGAAGGAGAGGGAGAGACAAGCCAGAGUGGCGGAGGAAAAAAUGAGAAAAGAAGAAGAAGAAGCUAAAAAACGUGCUGAUGAUGAUGCAAAGAAGAAAAAAGUACUUUCCAAUAUGGGAGCCCAGUAUGGGGGGUAUCUAAUGAAGGCAGAGCAAAAAAGAGGAAAGAGGCAGACAGGGCGUGAAAUGAAGAGAAAGAUGCUUGCUGAGAGGCACAAACCGUUAUGCAUUGAUCACAUGAAUGAAAACCAGCUAAGGGAGAAAGCUAAGGAGUUUACAGACUGGAUGUAUCAACUUGAGUCUGAAAAGUUUGACCUAAUGGAGAAACUGAAAACUCAGCGAUAUGAGAUAAAUGUUCUUUACAACCGCAUAAGCCAUGCACAAAAAUUCCCAUAGCAAAAAAGGAGCCGGAAAAGGACGUGUUGGAGGGCGCUGGAAAUGAAGAGCCAUUUUGGUGAUUACUAGUAAUACUACACAUAACCGCAUGCUCUAAUUUUCACAUCAUGUCUCCAGUGGACCGUCCAUCAGACCAUCAUCCAAGCGCAAUUCCAUACUGCUGCCUUCCAUCAUCUUCUAAUGUAUAGUAUAUCGCAAUGCAAGCUAAAUGCAUUUUCAGCAAUUGUCCAGAUUUCUGCGUAUUCUGCGUAUUUUGAGUCCAACAACCACAAAACUGUCCCUUGCUAAAUAAAAAGCAGUGCAAAAACAUCUGUGUGAUUUCUUAUAGCUCACAUGUCUGAAAAGCAUCUUACUCAUGGUUCACCACAACCCUCAUAGAAACCAAAGUGUGAUUUAUUAUCAAUGCGGUAUUCUUACUCACUAUUGUAUCUCAUUAAACAAAUCACUUGUGACUCUGA